AUGAUCUAUCAAAUGAACCAUCGGCUGAUCUAUCAAAGGUCCCGUUCGCUGGUCUAUCAAAGGUCCUAUUCCAUGAUCUACCAAAUGAACCAUCGGCUGGUCUGUCAAAGGUCCCAUUCGAUGGUCUUAUUCGAUGAUCUAUCAAAUGAACCAUCGGCUGAUCUAUCAAAGGUCCCAUUCGCUGGUCUGUCAAAGGUCCUAUUCGAUGAUCUACCAAAUGAACCAUCGGUUGGUCUGUCAAAGGUCCCAUUCGAUGGUCUAUCAAAGGUCCUAUUCGAUGAUCUAUCAAAUGAACCAUCGGCUGAUCUAUCAAAGGUCCCAUUCGCUGGUCUGUCAAAGGUCCUAUUCGAUGAUCUAUCAAAUGAACCAUCAGCUGGUCUGUCAAAGGUCCUAUUCGAUGGUCUAUCAAAUGAACCAUCCACUGGACUGUCAAAGGUCCUAUUCGAUGGUCUAUCAAAUGAACCAUCGGCUGGUCUGUCAAAGGUCCUAUUCGAUGGACUAUCAAAUGAACCAUCAGCUGGUCUGUCAAAGGUCCUAUUCGAUGGUCUAUCAAAUGAACCAUCGGCUGGACUGUCAAAGGUCCUAUUCGAUGGUCUAUCAAAUGAACCAUCGGCUGGUCUGUCAAAGGUCCUAUUCGAUGGUCUAUCAAAUGAACCAUCGGCUGGUCUCUCAAAGGUCCUAUUCGAUGAUCUAUCAAAUGAACAAUCGGCUGGUCUGUCAAAAGUUCUAUUCGAUGAUCUAUCAAAUGAACCAUCGGCUGAUCUGUCAAAGGUCCCAUUCGCUGGUCUGUCAAAGGUCAUAUUCGAUGAUCUACCAAAUGAACCAUCGGCUGGUCUGUCAAAGGUCCCAUUCGAUGGUCUAUCAAAGGUUCUAUUCGAUGAUCUAUCAAAUGAACCAUCGGCUGGUCUGUCAAAGGUCCCAUUCGCUGGUCUGUCAAAGGUCCUAUUCGAUGGACUAUCAAAUGAACCAUCGGCUGGUCUGUCAAAGGUCCUAUUCGAUGGUCUAUCAAAUGAACCAUCGGCUGGUCUGUCAAGGGUCCUAUUCGAUGGACUAUCAAAUGAACCAUCGGCUGGUCUGUCAAAGGUCCUAUUCGAUGAUCUAUCAAAUGAACCAUCGGCUGGCCUGUCAAAGGUCCUAUUCGAUGGACUAUCAAAUGAACCAUCGGCUGGUCUGUCAAAGGUCCUAUUCGAUGGUCUAUCAAAUGAACCAUCGGCUGGUCUGUCAAAGGUCCUAUUCGAUGGACUAUCAAAUGAACCAUCGGCUUGUCUGUCAAAGGUCCUAUUCGAUGGUCUAUCAAAUGAACCAUCGGCUGGUCUGUCAAAGGUCCCAUUCGCUGGUCUGUCAAAGGUCCUAUUCGAUGGUCUAUCAAAUGAACCAUCGGCUGGUCUGUCAAAGGUCCUAUUCGAUGGACUAUCAAAUGAACCAUCGGCUGGUCUGUCAAAGGUCCCAUUCGAUGGACUAUCAAAUGAACCAUCGGCUGGUCUGUCAAAGGUCCUAUUCGAUGGUCUAUCAAAUGAACCAUCGGCUGGUCUGUCAAAGGUCCCAAUCGCUGGUCUGUCAAAUGUCCUAUUUGAUGAUCUACCAAAUGAACAAUCGGCUGGUCUGUCAAAGGUCCCAUUCGAUGGUCUAUCAAAGGUCCUAUUCGAUGAUCUAUCAAAUGAACCAUCGGCUGAUCUAUCAAAGGUCCCAUUCGCUGGUCUGUCAAAGGUCCUAUUCGAUGAUUUACCAAAUGAACCAUCGGCUGGUCUCUCAAAGGUCUCAUUCGAUGGUCUAUCAAAGGUCCUAUUCGAUGAUCUAUCAAAUGAACCAUCGGCUGAUCUAUCAAAGGUCCCAUUUGCUGGUCUGUCAAAGGUCCUAUUCGAUGAUCUAUCAAAUGAACCAUCCGCUGGUCUGUCAAAGGUCCUAUUCGAUGGUCUAUCAAAUGAACCAUCGGCUGGUCUGUCAAAGGUCCUAUUCGAUGAUCUAUCAAAUGAAACAUCGGCUGGUCAGUCAAACGUCCUAUUCAAUGGUCUAUCAAAUGAACCAUCGGCUGGUUUGUCAAAGGUCCCAUUCGAUGGUCUAUCAAAUGAACCAUCGGCUGGUCUGUCAAAGGUCUUAUUCGAUGAUCUAUCAAAUGAACCAUCGGCUGCUCUGUCAAAGCUCCUAUUCGAUGUCGUUCUUUUUUCUUACUUCUGUUUAUUCGUCCUUUCUUUUUCCUUUUUUCUUUUCCUUUUUCUUUUCUCUUCCUUUCCUUUUUCCUUUCAUUCCUACUUUCUUUCUUUUACUUUCUUUUUUUUUAUUUUCUUACUUUUAUUCAUUCGUCUUUUCUUUACCUUCUUUUCUUUACACGCGUCAUUUCUUAAAAAAAAUGUUUUUAUUCUUUUUUCUUUCUAUUUCCUUAAUUUGCUUAUAUAUUAUUAUUUCUUUCUUUUUCAUUCGUUUUCUUCUCUGUGUUUUGUUCUUUUCUUGGCAUUUUUGUUUUUUUCAUUCUUCAAUGUUCCUUUUUUCUUCACAUGUUUUCUUUCUUUGAAGUACGAAAGAAAGAAAUUGUGCUUUUCUUCUUUUUUAUUUCUAUUUUUCAUUGCUUUUCUUUUUUCGUUUUUUCUUUUUCUUUCUCUUUCGUUCAUGUUUUCGUUCAUUUUCUUCGUAUUUUCAUUUUUUAUUUCUUUAUUCUUUCUUUUUUUUGAAUGCUUACAUUCUUAUUUUUUUUUUCAUUCAGUCGCUUUUGAUUAUUUUCAUUUCCUGUUUCUUUUCUUUCUUUCUUUUUUAAAAUCUUUUCUUUUUUAUUCCAUUUCUCGUUUCCAUUUUCUUUUAUCUAUAUUCUUUUUUUCUUUCUUUUCAUUUUUUUGUCUUUUUUACUCUUCUUAUCCUCCCAAUAUUUUCUUCAUUUUUCUUCAUUCUUUCUUCCUUCUUUUAGUUUUCUUUUGUAAUUCUCGCCUUUCUUCUCCUUCUCUAUCCUGUCAUAUCUUUCCUUCAUUUCUUUUAUCAAUUAUACAUUUUAUUUUCCACGUUCUUUCUUUUCUUUAUCUUUCCUUUAUUCUUUCUUUCAUUUUUUUUCUCGCUAGUUUUCAUUCUUAUCCCAUUUACAGUCUUUCGCUUUCUAGUAUUUUUCUUUCUUUUCAUUUUCCUUUAUUUCUGUCAUUCUUUGUCGUUUUUCUAUUUUUAUAUCUUUCUUUUUUCUUUUUCCUUAUUUAUUUCCCUCUUUCUUUCUUUUUCGCUUUCUUUCUUUCAUUCUUUCUUUCUGUCUUUCUUUCUUUACAAUUAUUUCCUAACAUUAUUCGAUAUUUUCAUUCCUUCCUUUCUUUGUUACUUAUUUCUUUCUUUCUAAUUGUUCCCUAUCUUUAUUCUAUUUUUACUUCUUUCUGUUCUUUCUUUCUUUCUUUCUUUCUUUCUUUUUGUUCUUUCUUUCUUCUUUUCCUUUUUGUUCCUCGCAUUCUUUCUUUCUUUCUUUCUUUCUUUCUUUCUUUCUUUCUUUCUUUCUUUCUUUCCAUGGCUAGCUUUUUGUUCCUCGCAUUCUUUCUUUCUUUCUUUCUUUUUUUCUUUUUCUUUCUUUUUUCUUUCUUUCCAUGGCUAGCUUUUUGUUCCUCGCAUUCUUUCUUUCUUUCUUUCUUUCUUUUCUUUUCUUUCUUUCUUUUUUUCUUUCUUUCCAUUGCUAGCUUUUUGUUCCUCGCAUUCUUUCUUUCUUUCUUUCUUUCUUUCUUUCUUUCUUUCUUUCUUUCUUUCUUCUUCCAUUUCUCGUUCACUUUUAGUUUUCUUUCUUCUUUUUAUCUUCCAUAUCAUUUGUUCUUAUUUUUGCUCUCCUUUCCUUCAAACAUUUUCUUCUUCUUUCCUUUUUUUUCUUCUCUUUCAUACCGUCUUCUUUCUUUUCGUAAUCCUUCCUCUGUAAUUCUCAUCUAUCUUUCUUUCUUCCUUUCUUUUCCUUCCCUUUCACAUUCUCGUAACCCUUCUCCCUCCCCUUCUUUCCUUCCAUUUCUGCUUUUUUCAUAA